AUGCAAUUCUUUGAUAUGAUCAUCGCUGGACUCGCUGUUGCCUCUGUUCAGGCCAUUGCAGUCCCCGGACUCCCUGUCGCAGGCCUCUUCGCCCGUCAAGACCAUCCUCCCGAGUCUCCUUGUCUUCAUCCCGGAGGCAAGAAAAAGUGUCAGAUUGAUUGCGCCAGCAAGAAUGCCGACUUUUGGUCCUGCGCUCCUACUUGCGUCUGUCACUUCAUCUCUACCACGGCUCUGCCGCCUACUGCUACGCCCACUGUGCCACCGGCUCAGACGUCGGACCAGCCAACAGCGGUCCCGACGCCCAGUGGGUAA